CGGACUGGGAGCGUCGCGAGUUGAAGAAACUUUUUCAGACUUUUUUUCUUCAUGCUUUGUGAGAUAGAAAUGACUAUUUUAACCGCAUUUCUUAUGUUCAUAGUUUCAGUUGCCGAUGACCAAAUAUAGUUGCUUUUAAACGUUUAAAAAAUAUCUACUUUUUCUUUUUUAAAAUCACAGUCAUUCAUUCCUUUUGGAUUUACAACUUUAGGAGCAAUCGGAUUUCCCGAGACUUUUUGGAUCACAUCAUCAAUCACCUGCUGCAAAAAGAAAGAAAUGAGCCGCAUGUGUUUUGCCUGGAUAAUAUUAUGAUCAUGUCACAAAGAGUUUUUUGACCGCGUGGAUAUAAAAUGUGCUACUUACAGGUGCUAUGGGGAGCUGGGAUUCUGUGGCUUCUGAUGCCGCUGCCAGUGUACCAACAGUCCCAGGGAGUUCCAGUGUGCAGCGGCACCAUGAAUAAACUCAGCAUAUCAGGGACACCCGAGAUGCACUACACCACUUUGAAGAACAUGUAUGAAGGCUGUGAGAUUGUCAUGAGCAACCUGGAGAUUACUUACUUGGAAAACAACCGGGACAUCUCCUUUCUGAGGUCUAUCAGAGAAGUGAUGGGCUACGUGCUGAUUGCCAUCAACCAGGUCGACUAUUUGCCUCUGGAAAACCUUCGUGUCAUUCGUGGGACAAGCCUCUUUGAAGAUCAUUACGCCUUGACUAUUAUGUUGAACUAUCAGAAAGAUGGAACGCUGGGUCUGAGACAGCUGGGAAUGACUCAUCUGACAGAGAUCCUGGAAGGAGGGGUGAAGAUCAAAAACAACGCUUUCUUGUACUAUGCAUUGACAAUUGACUGGAAAGACAUUGUGAAAGAAACUGCAAACAUCACCCUGGAUAGCAAGAAGAUUGGAUAUGGGAAAUGCCACCCAUCUUGCAACAACAAAUGCUGGGGUCCAGAUGAGAAUGAAUGCCAGACUUUGACAAAAAAAAUCUGCGCUCCCCAGUGCAAUGGUCGCUGUUUUGGAACAAGUCCAAAUGAAUGCUGUCACAUUGAGUGUGCAGGAGGCUGCUCAGGACAACAGGACACAGACUGUUUUGCUUGCAGCCAUUUCAAUGACUCUGGAGCUUGUGUGCCCAACUGUCCAUGGCCACGCUUCUAUAACAAGCAGACCUACCAGGAGGAACCCAACCCUAAUGCCAAGUAUCAGUACGGUUCAAUCUGCGUCAGCCAGUGUCCACCUAACUUUGUGGUAUACGACAGUUCAUGUGUUCGUGCCUGCCCAAAUGACAUGAAGGAGGUGGAGAAGAAUGGAAUGAAGCAGUGUGUGUCCUGUGGGGGGCCUUGUCCAAAAACAUGCAAAGGGACUGGCUCCAGUAACAGACAGACGGUGGACUCAAGCAACAUUGACAGCUUCAGAAACUGCACCAAGAUUCAGGGGAACUUGCAUUUCCUCACUACUGGCAUUGAUGGUGAUCCUUGGCACAACAUCUCUGCUCUUAACCCUGAGAAACUGAAGGUUUUUGAAACAGUGCGUGAGAUAACAGGCUGCCUGAGCAUCCAGUCCUGGCCUAAACAAUUCAACGACUUCAGUGUUUUCAGAAAUCUUACAACCAUCCGAGGACGAACACUCUACCAGGGUUUUUCACUUCUGAUAAUGAAGCUGCCCAAUGUGACAUCUCUGGGCCUGCGCUCUCUUCGGGAGAUCAGUGCCGGCAAAGUUUACAUCAGUGACAACAAGCAACUUUGUUACCACUACACCAUCAACUGGACAACACUAAUGAAAUCACCUGCAAAACAAGGGACUGACAUCAAGAAUAAUCGGCCAUAUAACGACUGCACAUCAAAAGGACAGCUGUGUGACCCACUGUGCUCUAGUGCUGGUUGCUGGGGUCCAGGACCAGAUCAGUGCCUCUCCUGUCAGAACUUUAGUCGAGGAGGCACAUGUGUACCAGAAUGUCAUUUUACAGAAGGGGAUAUUCGCGAGUAUGCCACAAAUCUUGGCGAGUGCCUUCCCUGUCAUCCUGAAUGUGAGCACAUUGACGGUCAGCCCAGCUGUAAAGGACAGGGUCCAGAUGCAUGUGCUUCCUGUGCACAUUUCAAAGAUGGUCCCCACUGUGUUGAAUCCUGUCCUCAGGGAAUUAUGGCAGAGAAAGGGCCCAUUUUUAAAUUUGCUGAUGCUGAGCAUCGAUGUGAACCAUGCCAUCCAAACUGCACUUUAGGGUGCAAAGGUCCUAACUUGGAAGACUGUAGUGGAAUACCAGAACCCAUAAUCAGCAAUCCAGUCACAGCCAUUGUUCUAGGUGUCAUCGCAUCUCUUAUAGUCUUGACAUCUGUCUUUGUGUUGUGUGUGUUGUAUCAGCGUGGGCUGGCAAUCCGUCGCAAGAGAGCCAUGAGGCGCUACCUGGAGAGUGGAGAGGGCAUAGAGCCACUGGACCCCAGUGAGAAAGGCACCAGAGUUCACACCCGCUUAUUCAAGCCCACAGAACUUCGGAAAAUUAAAUUGCUUGGUUCAGGAAUCUUCGGAACAACAGUACACAAGGGAGUGUGGAUUCCAGAAGGAGACACUGUGAAGAUACCUGUUGCAAUCAAAACUAUCCAGGACCGAACUGGCCGGCAGACUUUCCAUGAAAUUACAGAUCAUAUGUUGUUCUUGGGAAGUCUGGAGCAUGCCUAUAUUGUGAGAGUGCUGGGGAUCUGCCCUGGUGACAGCCUAAUGCUCAUCACCCAGCUCAGCACCCACGGAUCUCUGCUUCAACACAUCAAACAGAAGAAAGACAGUCUUAGCUCACAACGCCUUUUGAACUGGUGUGUUCAGAUUGCAAAGGGAAUGGCUUAUCUGGAGGAGCAAAGACUGGUUCACAGCAAUCUGGCUGCCAGGAACGUCUUACUGAAAUCGGACUUCAUUGUUCAGAUCUCAGAUUUUGGGAUUGCUGACCUGUUGUAUCCUGAUGACAAAAAAUACUUUUACAACGAUAUUAAAAAGACACCAAUUAAAUGGAUGGCCUUGGAAAGUAUUCACUUCCGGAAAUAUACCCACCAGAGUGAUGUCUGGAGCUACGGUGUAACGGUGUGGGAGAUGAUGUCAUUCGGAGACGAGCCUUACGCUGGAAUCCGUCCACAGGAAGUUCCUGAACUGCUGGAGAAAGGAGAACGUUUAUCUCAGCCUUCCAUCUGCACCAUUGAUGUGUAUAUGGUCAUGGUGAAAUGUUGGAUGAUUGAUGAGAAUGUCCGGCCCACGUUCAAGGAAAUAGCAAGUGAAUUCACUCGCAUGGCCAGAGACCCAUCACGCUUCCUUGUUAUUAAGAGAGAUAGCAGUAUUGCAGACCCCUACUCUGAAGAGUCCCCUCAAAGAAUGAAAGCAUUAAAGGACAAGGAGUAUGAGAUGGAUGAACAGGACAACAUAUCACUUGAGAACAUGGCCUCAGGCUACCUCUACCAACCUUCUACACAUACCCUGACACGCAACCACAACUCCUCGCAGAUUCUAUUUACAUCAAACAGCCCAGCCGGAUAUAUGACAAUGACCAAUGUGCCAGGAGUGGAAACUAUCAGACAGGUGUCAUUGUUUUCACGCUCCCGGAAUGGUUCUGCCCGUACCCAGUCUGAGUCAUCAGAAGGCCAUGGCACUGUUUCGGAGGCCGAAAUGAAUGAAGAUGGUUCCUUGGUUGGCAGUAUGCGCAGAACCCGGCGUCGAGAAGACAGCGCUUACCAUUCACAGCGCAUCAGCUUGACGUUACCAUCUGAGCCAGAAGACUCGGAUGAUGAUGAUUAUAAUGGAUAUGUUAUGCCAGGUGUGUCAUCUUCAACUGAGAGAGAAGACUGUCCCCUCUCUUUUUAUGGGUCACAGAACAGCACCCUACCUCGCUCAAAAGCAUCCAGGGGAAGGAUUCUAAAAGGCAAGUCUGAGCAGAAGAUUCCAGAUGAUUAUGAGUAUAUGAAUAAACAGAGUCGCCUGCUAGGCUUGGUAGCUGGAAGUGCAAGUAGUGAGUUGCCACAGCUGCAAAAGGAAGAACGUGUUGAGUAUGAAUACAUGGACACAAGCAGUGCAGCUACAGAUUCAGCAGACCCUCUGGGAGCCACCUCAGUCAAAGAUGACCAUACCACAUCUGAAGAAGAAGAGGACUAUAAGUAUAUGAACAAACAGCCCAGGCUCACUAAGUCGCUGCUUCAUAACCAGACAAAACCUCAGCCUGGCAUUGCUAUUUGUGAAAACCCAACACAGGAACUGAUAUCUGCUUCACCUUCAGCAGAGAAUCCCAUCCAAGAACAUCAGGAGUACGAAGAGAUGGAUAGAAUUGUUGUGUCUGAAUCACCAGAAUUUUUUAAGAGUACGAGUUCCCUCUCUGUCUCACCUCCUAUGUAUCAGAACUUCCCAAAAGUGGACUUAACAAUUGAGAAGGGAAAAAAUGUGAAUGGAUUUGUAAAAGUGAGAGCAGGAUGUGAGCCUGGUCAAGACCAUUCAUUUGAUAACCCUGCUUACUGGCACAGCAGGCUUUUCCAAAAGCCUGACCCAUUACGUACAUAGUAAGUGCAGACCUGAACUGGGGCAAUGCCAGGCUGGUUCUGGAAAGAAGGAGAAUCGAGCAGCCCCAUAUCCGGACCCUUGCAUGUGAAGGAUGUGCCAAGUUUUUUCCUGUAACUGGAUGGGAACUACAAACUUAAAAUAUGAAACUGGAAAACAGACUAUAUCCUAACCACAAUCUAUGACCAACAUUGGCCAGGCUUGGAGUUGAAAUUGUACUUCAGGGUGCAGGAGUUCACCAGACUUU